AUGACCAUCCACGACCAUGAGCUAAUGCGCAUAUUUUGGCCAUCUGACGCGCCAAGAGAUACCCUUCCAGGCGUUCUGGUGGGAUGGCGCAAUUCAGAUCUGGACGUCCUUGUGCUGGGUAUUCUGCAAGGAGUAGACCCACGCAAUGUUGAGUAUGCUCUGCGUAUGCGCUCACUCUUUCGUGGCAGUCCACAUUCUGUCGACAAGCUCAUCAAGCACUGCGGUCAUCGAGACCUGCAGGUACUCGGCACCCUGAACACCGACGACACCUCGACUACAUUCGAUCCGAAGAUGCUUUCAUUGCAUAUCUCGCCGCGCACCAAGUCUCCUUGCGUCGAAUGCCCAGAUCAAGUACAAAUUAGCAUACAAAUUGUCAUCUUCCACCGACCUGAUCCGAAGCGAAUGCAAUACUUCUCAUUGUUGCCCAUAUCACUCGCCUUGGGUGACAAGCAGCAAGCAUUUGGAAGUGUACCUCCCUUUGACAUGAUUGACCGAGAUGAAGAGCAUGCGCGCCAGCGAAGAGCGAGACUUGCCGAGAAAGUGAUACAACACACUGUAAUCAGCCAUCCCAAGACCCAGAAAGAGCUUGCGCUGGAGACGAUCAUUAAACAGAUUAAUUGCUCGGCCGAGCUAAAUACUUUGAUGCAGCAGAAUAUCCACAUGGUCGGCGUGAGAGUCAAACGGACCAUGAGCGUCAGUGAGCGCAUGGUGGAGACAGCCAGCAACUUCUGGGAAUAUGUCAUCUUGGAAGGGAAAAAAGCAUUCAGGCUGCACGUGUGGCCAUUCUUGUCGCAGAUGUGCAUAAUUUACCUCAUGGCAUUGCGCAUCUGCGCAGAAGCAUUGCUUGUGCUCUUGGACUGGAGGCCAUUUGGUCAGUCUGCACUCAAAGACGUCUCUGCCACAGCACAGCAGGUCGAUAUCCGUCUGCAGCAGUUCUGUUAUUGGCCAGACCAGUACAUCACAUUGCAGAAACGUCGCAACGACUGGGAGAGCAUCACCAGCAGCCAUCCUGACUACAUUCGUUUCUUCAACAGUCUAUGGCUUGUGGCGAAUGAUGUGAUUAUUGGCAUUGCUCUUGGAUCGUACAUUGUCGAGAACGUCGACUACGUUGCAGCUUUCAUGGACAGCGCAGUGACAAGCUACUCGAUCGAAGGACUGCAGCAAAUGCUCAACUGGCUGAUGGACUAUCCUGCUGGUCUAAAGCUGAACAACGAACUGGCCACCUUCCUGGGCGACCUGUUCCUGUGGGUUAUCGACUACUGGAAUGGCUGCAUGUCUCAGCUAAGGCCAGCGUUACCACAUGUCAUUCGGUUGAUUGGUAUCUCCAGCUUUGCAGGAGCCAGUCUGCCGAUCUCGAUGUUCUCAGACUUGCUCUCUCUGCUGACUGUCCACAUCUAUUCGUUCUACAUCGCCUCUGCUCGGAUCUACAACUGGCAACUCAUGAUCAUCAUAUCAUUGUUUCACCUGUUCCGAGGCAAGAAGCGAAAUGUGCUGCGCAAUCGAAUCGACAGCUGCGACUACGACCUUGACCAGCUCCUUCUCGGCACGAUCUUAUUCACAUUACUUUUCUUUUUGCUCCCUACUGUGGCUGUCUUUUAUGCCACUUUUGCGGGAGCGCGCAUGACCAUUAUUGCACUCAAAGCGGCACUGGAUACGUGGUUGGCAUGUUUGAACCACUUUCCUCUUUUUGCAUUGAUGCUUCGCAUCAAAGAUUCCCGGCGUUUACCCGGUGGCAUUCGAUUUGAAUUACAAGAUACCCCUAGCGCAUUGGUUUUAGCAUCCGACAGUUCUGGAGAGCCGGUACAGACAGCGCCGACUUCCUACAUCAGACUUAAGUCCAUUGCACUUCCACUCUCACAGACCUUUACGCAAUAUGCACAACUAGGCUCGCGACUGAGGAAGCAUUACCUUGCACCAAGAGUCUUCCUGUGUCUAGUUCUCGGACAAUUCGUACCUCCGAUCCAUCGCAAGAAUCUCUACAGCCUGCAGUACAGCAUGCUGCCGGUGAAGAGAAUCUCCAUCACUAACUUGUGGAAGCUGCUCACAGAAGAGCCGAAGCCACAAGAGUUCGGAUUCACAAACGGUCACACUAUUCCGAAUGGAGUUAUUGGAGCUGGCAAGAAGAGUGCGAGGACGAAAGGCGCAAAUGCGAAUAGGUAUUGGUGGAGUAAGUAA